AUGACUGGAAAGAGGCUGCAUCUGCUUAGUGGUAAAGACCUUGAUCCACUAUUUCCGGCAAUUAAGGCUACGAAUGCACGCGUGUAUACUCAUUCUAUCAUAGGCACUAGCCAUCCGGAGUUUGCCAAAGCAAUCAGUCUGCAAAUCGACUGCGAUAUCUCCCAAGGUAUUGAGACUAGUCGCUUCUCCAAUGGGGAGACGUCCGUGACCAUCGCAACGUCCGUCCGAGACAACGAUGUUUAUAUCCUCCAAACUGCAUGCGAGCCUGUUAACAAUGUCUUAAUGGAGCUGCUAAUUGCUAUUAGUGCAUGCAAGAUGGCAUCUGCGAGGAGAAUCACAGCCGUGUUGCCCUGUUUCCCGUAUUCACGGCAAGACAAGAAGGACAGAAGCAGGGCCCCCAUCACUGCCAAACUCAUCGCAAAUAUGCUCGAAGUGGCAGGAUGCGACCAUGUUAUAACUAUGGAUUUGCAUGCUUCUCAGAUCCAAGGCUUCUUCAAUAUACCUGUAGACAAAAAGCUUUACGCCGAAAGAGCCAUGAUCGACUAUAUCGAACGCGAGUUCACAACCACCGACCUUGUUAUCGUGUCCCCAGAUGCCGGUGGCGCCAAGAGGGCCGCGGCCAUUGCCGACAAACUCGGAGUAGACCUAGCCAUCAUCCACAAGGAACGCAAGGUGGCCAACAAAGUAAGUCGGAUGGUGCUGGUGGGCGACGUCCAGGGCCGCAACGCAGUCCUCGUGGACGACAUCGCAGACACCUGCGGAACCCUGGCCCUCGCCGCGCAGGUCCUCAAGCACCACGGUGCAGCCACGAGCAACGCGGUGGUGACCCAUGGCUUUCUCAGCGGGCCUUCAGUCGAGGUGAUUGAGAGCAGCCAGCUUGAUCGGCUGGUUGUUUCCAACACGCUGCCGCUACCGCCGCAUGCCAUGUCAUGUACGAAGAUUCAACAGAUGGAUAUCAGCUAUACGAUCGCCGAGGCUAUCAGGAGAACUUAUAACGGAGAAUCGUGA